UUUUUUUUUUUUUAAUCUCAUUAGGUCCCCUCCAACAGAAGACACUCUGUCAGUCCACGGACAUUCACAGUGCUGCAGACAUGUUCCUGUAUCUUCUUGGCCUGGUCGUCCUCUUCUACCUGUUCCGUUGGAUCAGGGAGGUGCCCAGGGUGGGCGAUAAGGCCAGCAAGUAUGUGUACGUCACAGGCUGCGACAGCGGCUUCGGGAACCUCCUGGCUCGCCAUCUGGACAAGUUGGGCUUCCGAGUGAUCGCUGGAUGUUACACCGAAAAGGGAGAGGAGGGACUGAGGAAGGCCUGCUCUGAAAAACUCAUCACAACUCACCUGGAUGUUACCUCCAAGGAGAGCUUGGCCAAAGUUGCUGCCAUGAUUAAGGACAAAGUGGGAGAGCGCGGUCUUUGGGCUGUGGUGAACAAUGCAGGUAUUGCUGUUCCUUCCGGCCCUUGCGAUUGGCAUACCCUUGACGAUUACAAGUUAAUGCUGGAGGUGAACCUGAACGGAGUGAUCGGCUCCACACUAAGCGUCCUGCCUUUGAUAAAGAAGGCCAGGGGCCGAGUGGUGAAUGUCGCAAGCGUGUUUGGGAGGAUCUGUGUCACUGGGGGCCCAUACCCUGUCUCAAAGUUCGGAGUUGAGGCAUUCAACGAUAGUCUCCGGUUCACCAUGGCUCCGUUUGGUGUCAAAGUCCUCUGCAUUGAGCCAGGGUUCUUCAAAACUAGCGUCACAGACAGCGAAAUCCACAUCAAAAAUGCAGAAACGCUGUGGGCCAGACUGCCGCAGGACGUCAAAGACGACUACGGGGUUGACUACAUCGAAAAAACAAAAGAGGUGAUAAAAGAAAAGGUUGCCCAGAUGAGUGACGGUGAUCUGAUGAAGGUGGUGAGCUGCAUGGAGCACGCAGUGUCCGCUGUCUGGCCGCGCAAGCGCUACUCCCCCGGUUGGGACGCCAAGUUUUUCUGGCUGCCGCUGUCGUACAUGCCAACAUGCGUGGUUGACUACAUCUUCCUGAAGACCGCCAUUCCUAUUGCCAAGAAGUUACAGUAACCCUCCAGCUGUGCAUCUACUUCAUGCAAUGCUCAUUGUAAUACUUUUGGGAGUCUGCUCACACGUUUUUGAAUUGUUUACUAUAAUGACAAGGCCAAAGUUUAGUCUCAAGGACAUUCUCAAGGCCACCUUAUCCUCUGUUCAAAGAAAGCUCAGCAUUGAUGAUAGCCAGGUGUUGAAGGUUAAGGAAAAGCAAUAAAACACCCAGCCUACUUCUUAUAUCAUUACUAAUCAGGCUGCGGCAGGACUAACAUCUUGUUUUCGGAAUGAAGCAUUCUAUAAAAAUUUUAUUGCCCAGAAUGGAAAUCCGUUUUAAAACCUGUGUUUAUAUUCACAGUGGAAUCAGACGAAUACUAGAGCCUGAUUAUUUUAUUUGAAUUUGCUCAGACAUUGAUGGCCUCAAAGGCUACGUUCACACUGCAGCCUGAAGUGACCCAAAUCUGAUUUUUUUUUUGCCCAUAGCGGCCCAACCCAGGCCACUUGGCUCUGUGGUCCUGAAUCCGAUAUAAUCUGAUCUUUCCAAAUGGAACCUGCAUCUGAACGGCCAGGUCGCAUUUAUUCAACCUGAACCCCAUCAAUACCCAACAAAUGUCACUAUUCUGUGUCUUUCCAUGAAGAAGUGGCAA